AAAAUAAUUAUGGAACGAUGAAGGAAGUGACAGCGGAUCGCUCGAAGGUAAGAGAGCGAGCUUCGGUGGACCUGAAGGUAGAUGUGAGAAUCACGAGGCCUUCGUGGCGCUCUGAAUCACUUUCUGGAGGAGAAAGUUAACGCAGUGCGUUCGCAUUACCCUAAAGUAAGCUGAUGUCGCCGACGACAGGGGUGGACAUUAGCGAUCAGAACUGCGGUCGAUGUGCGAUCGGGCGAUCGGUUCGUGAACGCGCUUUGUAAUGCCCGACCUAAUCGACUUUGCUUGCGCAGCCAACCGCUCCUGGUGGGGUCCCGGAGUCGAUGGAAGUGUACCAUGCCGCCCUUUCUCCCGUCUUAUCAUCAUCACUGCUUCCGUGCGCUAGCAUCGCCCACCAGCUGCGCCGUACUCGGCGAGCUUUGGAAGAAAAGAAUGGACGUUCCGGUGUGGGUUUGGACUCUGCUUGAAAAAGAAUGACAGCAUUUCAUCUCACUGGUGGAAAGCCCUGGGCGAUAAUGAGAGAGAGAGAGAGAGAACGAGCGAUGUGAAAACUACGCUUUUGCCACCGCCUUCUGAAGCAAAGCACUGGAACAAAAUUCGCUUGCUACGGAAGUAGACAAUGGUAACCUCAAACGACGGUACGGACGUCUGGCUCGGCUCGAGGUCCUAGACUGCCACUUAUGACAGCACCGGUGUACAUCGAGGGUUCUCAGGUUCAGAAGCUCAGUGCAAGCGAGCUAAUCUAAAACCGUGUCCCAUAGACUGGCUGCGGUAGAUGAUACCUACUGCUGCUCGAAUCUGCUCCUUCUGAGAUUCAGAUGCUGCAGUCGUCAGGAGAUUCCGAAAGAGGCGAACAUGCUUUGAGAUUAGCGUCAUCCAUUGCAUGAGGUCCACGAACCGAAGGUUGCAGUUAAACUCAAAGAGAUUUGGAACCUCCGACACGAGUAGUCAGCGAUGCUGGACAGAUGAGGAUAGUGUCGGCAGGGCAGAAACGCGCGUUUGCGCUCUGGGCAGGAAUGGAUGCAUGAGCGGACGCCCCAGUCCCGCGGUGUCGGAUCUUUCGGACACGCUCGGAGCCCAUGGGUCCGUGAAGGCACAGCUCUCUCGCAUUGUCGACCCUGGGCUCCGAAUCCACCUCUGUACCUCUGCAGUUCAUCGCCAAUUAUCCUGCUCUCGCUUAUGCAGAGAAGAUUUUACAUUUUCCGAUUAUCUGGUCGGUCGGUUCGCGUGGAAUAUUCAUCCUUUUGGGAUUUGUACACUCGUCCUGAGAAAAGGUUUCGGAUAUUAUGGGCAGGGAACGUGCAAAACGUUGGUUCCGACCAGCGUGUGAGAUCUCUUUCUAUCCUCCCGUGGUGUCCGAGACUCUCGGUGUUGAGAUCCGCAGCACUUUCAGUCUUCCACUUGUAAAGUAUAUGUACCGAAGCCGGACGCUGGACUUCACAGUGCAUGCUUUGGGUUGCAUCUGCCAGUCCAUGCAUCUCCGCUAGUCUCUGCAAAUUGGCAAUACUUUUAUCGUCCGACUACUAUGCUUAUCGCAGCUUCACUCCACUCGCUGCUUCGACAUUGUCCCCGUCAGCUCGUCGCUGGCAAGGCCGCUUUUUGCAUUGUUGAAAUCCAAGACUGUCGAGGCGAACGACCCUCGAGCAAUCCGCUCGUCUGGACGUGAGUUUAUCCUGCACGAAUUAUUAUUGACAUUCAGCUGGGAGCCAUUUGUCCAGUAUUGUCCUGCUCCUAUAUAGCUGCAGCAGAUCAGUAUUGCUGGAUGUGAGGACGUCCAUCUAGCGGGCACUGCACUCGGUCUGGACUUAUCUGCUCUCCGGGCUGAUUCUGAUGCCCACGUCUAAUUUCUCGUUCUACCGCGUAAUCGAGUCAUACUGAGAUCGAAAUUUCAGAUAGUAUCACGUGAUUGGCAACAUUUGUACUGCUCGUGAUUCGAACUCCACUCAUUCCCUCAAGCCUUUCACCGUGGAAAGAGCUAUGAGGCCUUAAGCGCGAGGCUCUACAUGUGGCAGGGAAUUGGGUUGAGACUCGACAGCUACGCAAACAUCCAGAAGACUGUGACCUUCCUUGUACAUGUUCGACGGUAAAUCGCGAGGCGAGGCGUCCUACUAGGACGAGAAUACGUGGUGAACGUCGGUGAAUGCUGCCAGAACGCCCCAUGCAAUAAAGCGAAGAUCUCGGCCCGCGACACACUGCGUCAAACUCUCAUGCCGAAAUGUACUCAAACCUUGAAGCUUAUUCCGGAUUCCCGCCGUCAUUGCCAUGGAACCUCAAGGCUGCGCAGUGGACCUUAUUUGUCAUGUAUCGCUUCGCAGGUGAUUUUUGUAGCUCCACCACCGGAGCGCUGUGAAAUCUGUGAAGUUUCAUCUACUCUACAGAAGGUGAAGAGAUUAUCACUUGCUCUCAGAAAUGCACGUCGAUCGACCUCGAAGCUCCACGUUACGAAUGUGCAUCAUAGAUUCUUGUAGAGCAUAUACCAAUAUGUUGAUCCUGCGGCCAUACUCUUCUUUUGACCGGGCCGAUUACGAUGCGUUCCUUUAAUGAAACAAGUACCGACCACCGGUAGACUGUGCAGUUGCCAUUGACAUGAUCCGAGUCCAUUACUAUGGGGCGCUGUAUAUUACUGGUUUGACUUCGACUCGUCUGCUGCAGAUCGAGUAAGCUUUGCACUGCUGGUGUGAUUUUGAUUGCAUGACAGAUAUGCAAGUUGGCCUUCUUCUGUCUCCUCCAAUCUUCCAGCUGAGCUCAAAGGCUCUGAGAUAAAAACUGGGUGGAGCGUGAUCUUGAUUGGGAUGGAUAAUCUCACGGAGCGAUUACUAGGAACACGGCAUGAAGAAGUCGCCAAGGGGGAGGCAGUCACUCGCUAUGCAUCAGCCAACUUUCUCAGCAGAGCCAUAUUCUCUUGGCUAAAUCCUUUGUUGCGCAAAGGGUACGAUAAGCCCAUCGAGAGAGAUGAUGUUCCUGCUUUGGCUCCAGAACACAGAGCGGCCCGCCUUUCCCAGAAGUUCACCGAAGCUUUGCCAGAAAAGCAAACCUGUAACUCCGUGAGGAACACAUUGGUCAAAAUAUUGUGGCCAUCUUUUUUCACAAGUGCAGCCCUGGCAUUGUGCAAACUCGGUGUCUUGUACACCGGACCCAUCAUGAUCGAAAGCUUUGUGCAGGUGUCGGAUGGCUCGCAGAUCUUCCCGAAUGAGAAAUACUACUUGAUUGCCACUCUAAUCACUGCCAAAAUGAUCGAAGUCUUCGCAACGCAUCAGUGUAACUUCAUCAACCAGGUGCUGGGGAUGCAAGUCCGCUCCGCUCUCGUAACCGCUCUAUUCCGCAAAGGUUUGAGACUCUCCAGCUCGGCCAGACAAAGACAUGGACUAGGGGAAAUCGUCAAUUACAUGUCUGUAGACGUGCAGAACUUGUCAGAUGUGGUUCAGUAUUUGAACAACGUGUGGACAGUGCCCCUGCAAGCAAUUUUAGGAGGGACCAUCCUUUUUUUUGUGGUAGGCCCUUCGGCAAUGGCAGGGCUUCUAGUGAUGGGGCUGACCGUUACAAUAGAGUAUGUGGCGGCAAGAUGGUUGAAGGCUCUCCAGCAAAAGAUUGCCAACAGCAGAGACCAACGAGUUAAUGCAUUGAUGGAGGCGCUUUCCAAUAUGAAAAUAAUCAAGCUCCAAGCGUGGGACGGAAAGUUUCUCAAGAAUGUGGAGAAAGCUCGAGAUAUGGAGUUCACCGCUCUGUCCAAAUUUACAUAUACCGUUGCCUUUUCCAUAUUCAUAGCCUGGUUAGCUCCUCUCACUUCAUGUGUGGCCAUCUUUGCUUGUCACAUAGCACUGGGACACAGACUCACUUCAGAGAUGGCCUUUACCACCAUCGCCACUAUGAGAGCAAUGCAGGAACUCCUAAGACUCUUCCCUAACACACUUCUGUCAUUAUCUCAGACCCUUAUUUCUCUUUCUCGUCUUGAGAAAUUCAUGUGGAGCGAAGAACUAGAGCCUACUACCAUUACCAAUACUCUUGUACAUGAGGGUUCUCCAGCAAUCACCGUACAAAAUGGAUGUUUCAAAUGGGAUGCUAGAACAGAAGAGCUUACUCUGAAGAACAUCGACAUUGAGAUCAAGCGUGGAUUGUUGGUAGCUGUGGUGGGAAAGGUGGGGUCUGGCAAAUCGUCCCUACUGGCGGCGUUUCAAGGAGAAAUCUUGAAAGUUCAGGGAGAGCUGGAAACUUGCGGGAGUACAGCUUAUGUGGCUCAAUCAGCCUGGUUACAAAACGCAACAAUUCAAGAAAACAUACUGUUUGGGAGGGAAAUGGAGAAAGAGAGAUACGACUCGACUUUAAGGACUUGUGCUUUAUUGCAAGACCUUUCACAAUUCGAAUCGCUGGAUCAGACUGAAAUAGGAGAGAAAGGGUUAAAUCUGAGUGGAGGCCAGAAGCAGAGAAUUCAGCUAGCCAGGGCAGUAUACCAAAACUCAGAUGUGUAUUUCUUGGAUGACAUCUUCAGUGCUGUGGAUGCUCAUACAGGAUCACAACUAUUCAAGGAGGUCAUACUUGGAGCUUUACAAGACAAGACUGUCAUUCUGGUUACUCAUCAGAUUGAUUUUCUAACAAAGGCUGAUAUGAUUCUGGUUAUGAGGGAUGGUGCAAUCGUUCAAUCGGGGAAGUAUGAAGAUCUUUUAAUGUGUGGAACCGACUUCGAAGCACUAGUGGACGCUCACGAUGCAGCUAUGGAGAAGGUGGAAAAACGAGUUACGAGCACAGGUGCAACUCCAGAAGCUUUCGAGGUUGACUUAAUGAAACUGACCAGAAAUACUUCAGGGACCUGGCAAGAUAUUACUCCAGGCUACACUUCUCAUGCAGAGGAUAUUUACUCGCCAGAAUCAGACGACAUAGCCGAGCCACAUCCUUCGUGCAGUAGACCAUCUGGAAAAUUGACCGACGAUGAGCAUAAAGAAACCGGUCGAGUGAGCUGGUGCGUGUACUGGUUGUAUUUGACAAGAGCCUACGGGACUAAACUACUGGUGAUUUUCAUAGUUGUACAGAUAGUGUGGCAAAUCUUCCAAAUCUCAGGUGAUUAUUGGGUAGCUUACGGCCUGGGGGGUACCGAAACAGAUGACGAACUCCGCUUCAUCACAAUAUACGGAGCUUUCGCCAUGUCAUGUGGCCUUUGCGUGAUAAUAAGAUCGAUGUUGAUCGGCUUUUUGGGACUUAGAACAGCUCAGAGUUUCUUCAUGGGCAUGCUACAGAGCCUGUUCAAAGCACCGAUGUCUUUCUUUGAUACAACGCCGAAUGGGAGGAUUCUCAGCAGAGCAACGACAGACCAGCAAAUGAUAGACUACACCGUUCCAAUUAUGUUCGGAGCAGCUCUGGCUGUUACAUUCCAGAUAGCUGGAAUGCUCUACGUUACUUGCAGAGUUUCCUGGUUCACUGCACUGCUACUACUUCCUUUGGCUUGGGUCUACCGGGCAUAUCAGGCUUAUUACUUUGCAACAGCUAGAGAGCUGACCAGAAUAGAAGGAAUCACCAAGGCACCUAUCAUCCAUCAUUUCUCAGAAACUAUAGCGGGAUUAGCUACUAUACGCUGUUUCAAGCAAGAAGAGAAGUUCAUACAGGUGAACUUGGACAAGAUAGACUCCAACCUAAAAAUGAUAUUCCACAGCAACGCUGCAAUGGAAUGGGUUGGAAUGAGAGUGGAGACAAUUGGAGUUGCAGUACUCUUUGCGUCAUUGAUGCUACUCCUGGUUCUUCCAACGAAUGUUAUACGUCCAGAAAUGGUAGGACUAGCCCUGGCAUACGGCCUAUCUCUGAAUCAGUAUCUCUUCGACUUUGUUGGCUUGACAUGCCAAUUAGAGAACAAAAUGAUCUCAGUGGAACGAGUUGCACAGUACACCCAGCUACCAAGUGAGGCUAUGGUCACCACAGAUGAGCCUAAGUGCUCUCCAGAUUGGCCAGUAACUGGAAGCAUUACCCUGCAUGAUCUGCAGCUGCGGUAUCGACCACAUACACCACUGGUACUGAAGGGUAUCAAUGUGACCAUUGAGGCUGGCCAAAAAGUUGGGAUCGUAGGCAGAACUGGAAGCGGGAAAUCUACCCUUAUAUUAGCACUGUUUCGACUGGUGGAACCGUGUGGGGGGAAAAUUGUUAUCGAUGGCAUUGACAUCAGCAGUUUGGGGCUCACUGAUCUGCGCUGUAAGAUCGGCAUCAUACCCCAAGAUCCCACCAUGUUUGAUGGAACCAUACGAAGCAACAUGGAUCCUCUCGGGAUUUAUGACGAUGUUGAAAUCUGGGAGGCACUGGAGAAAUGUCAAUUGGCGAGCAGUGUGCGUGGACUUCCAGCGAAACUUGAUGCAUCAGUUGCAGCUGAUGGAGCGAACUGGAGUUUAGGGCAGAGGCAACUCUUCUGUCUCGGCCGAGUUCUCCUUAAACGUGCCCGUAUACUGGUGCUUGAUGAAGCUACGGCUUCUGUAGAUGCCCAUACAGACGGAGUAAUACAGAAGAUUGUGCGUCAAGAAUUUGCAGAUUGCACUGUCAUCAGUAUUGCUCACAGAAUCCCGUCCAUUAUGGAUAGCGAUAAAGUUUUGGUUCUGGAAGCAGGUUUAGUGAAAGAGUUCGAUUCGCCCGCAGUGCUCUUAGAACAGGACAACUCUCUGUUCUCUGCUCUCGUUAAGGAGUACAAAUCGCGAUGUCAAUAACCGGGACAGAUGGACAAAAUACAGCGGAGAAGCAACCAGUGACUGCUAAAUCACGACGGACCAUCAACUCUACACCCACGGCAACAGCACCGUCCACCCGCAGAUGGAUUCAGCAAGUAGAACAGGGAAACAGAAAAGACAUUCAAGAUGAAUGCAUGAUGAUGUCAAUUAGGAAAAUGUAUGUACAUGUAGGAGUCCAUGUCUUGCAGAAGAGCACUGCACAAAUUAAAGGACAAAUUUUGAAGUCCUGCUCGUCUUGCCUGAAGAAUACAGGAGCAAGUAGUAGAAUCUCUGAUCUAGUUGUAGAGACUAACAUUUUAUAUGAAGAGUGUACAUUACCGUGUUAGACAGGCAUGUCUGUAGGAUCGCAUCGGACAGAUCACUCAGGAAAAUGAAGAAUCUUUUCUCUGAAAUUCUGGAUAGCAGUGAGGAUUUGUCCCUCGUCACUUGCCCACAACUCGCAGUAACCAAGUAUGUUGAAACAUAACUUAUGAGAGAAGAUUGUUCAGGGCAAUGUAGCCCAAAGUUAUCGGUUAUGUGUGUGGU